UUUGCCUUGGCUGCUGGCUUCACAUCAGCAGAAAUUACAGCUCUGGCGGGCUCGCGUGUUGGCUGGUCGGCUGGGAUCAGUGAGCAGGAAGCUCAAUUGCAAAUGGAUGCUGGUACCUCUCCUGGACUCUCAUCUGGAAUACCUCCACUAGGCUUUGAUAUAGACGGUGAUGUUCGCCAUUUGGCGAUUUCAGAACAGAAGUAA